AUGACCCGCUUCCGGCCCUGCAUCGACCUGCACGCCGGGCAGGUCAAACAAAUCGUCGGCGGGACUCUGAGCACCCAGGAAUCCGAGCUCAAGACAAACUACGUCUCGAAACAUCCGGCGGGAUACUUUGCGAAUUUGUACCGUGACGCCAAUCUCCGCGGCGCCCAUGUCAUCAUGCUGGGACCCGGCAACGAACAGGCUGCGAGGGAGGCUCUCUCUGCUUGGCCGGGGCGACUCCAGGUCGGUGGUGGCAUCACCGAUGCAAAUGCCAGGGAAUGGAUUGAAGCUGGCGCCGAGAAGGUCAUUAUAACUUCGUUCUUAUUUCCCAGCGGCCGCUUUUCCCUGGAGCGAUUGAAGUCCGUGCUCGCGACGUUGGCGGAUGACAGAGACAAACUCGUCAUCGACCUCAGCUGUAGGAGGAGAGGCGAUACGUGGUUCGUCGCCAUGAACAAGUGGCAGACUAUCACCGAAAUGGAGAUCACCAGAGAGAGCAUCAAGAUGCUCGAACCCUAUUGUUCGGAGUUCCUCAUCCAUGCAGCCGACAACGAAGGUCUGCAGCAAGGCAUCGACACCGAGCUCGUCACGAGGUUGGCCGACUGGUGCACGAUACCCGUGACAUAUGCCGGCGGCGCUCGCACCGUGGCUGAUCUUGACCUUGUCAGGCAGUGCAGUCAAGGCAAGGUUGAUUUGACCAUCGGCAGUGCCUUGGACAUCUUUGGCGGGAGUGGAGCCAGGUUCGAGGACUGUGUGAGAUGGAACGCAGAGAAUGCCUAG